AUGAUGUUGCUGGAUACCGCAAGUAACUGUAACUUCCUCAACAAGGAUGUUGAUAAAGGUUGGGAUGUAGUGGAGAACUUGGCUCAAUUUGAUGGCCAUUACAAUGAGGAGUAUGAUCGCAGUAUACGAUCUACUGGAGAGGAUAAUGCCAAGUACAAGCGAGACAUGAAAGCCCUCAAUGACAAGCUGGAUAAGCUCUUCAACCAGCAGCAACAUGUCCAUGCCAUCUUAGAGGAAGACCAGUUUCAGAAACAAGAUGGGGAGAGUUACCUCACUGAGGACAGCAAUGUUCAAGAUCGGGAGGAUAUGGAUCACUAUGGGGUGAAUAAGUAUCAGUACUAUAUAUCCGAGUAUGAACCCGAUCUGUCACCUGAGGAGGCUGAUCGAGCUGAUGACCAAGCACCGGCUCAAGAAUUGCUAAUCAAUGCAUCACUCGGAGCUGAACCCGAUGAUGUACCCGAUGAUGGUGAUCAUAUGAUCCAUCGAGUAGAAGUUCAGAUGACAUAUCAACCUCAACUUCCCCAAGCUGAAGAAGGAGAAUUAGAGGAAAGGUUUAGAGCUACUCUUAACAUCCAAUUAGAGGCGCUUGCAGAGCAUAGAGGAGAAUCGGAGAAGAUCCAAACCUCCAGGUUGAGAAGCAGAGCUGUGGUUGCAAGAGGGAAGAGACCAGCAUCUGAAAAGGCUAAGAAAGUAGCUGAGAGAGAGGCAGAAGAAGAAGAUCAAGACACGGAGGAGGAGAGCCAUGACCGAGAGGAGGAGCAGAGAGAACGCACCCGAUUGGCAUCGAGGAGGCUGAAGUAA